GGCAUAACGUAACGGCGUGUGUUUGCUUUUAUUCAAUCUACUUGCCAUAGCAACUUUUAAUCUAUAAUAUAAAAUUAUGUGAAGUGUAAGCAUUCGGUUGAAAUUCAGUCAAUAGAUUGGUUGUUUUUUUAAUCAAAUUUAAUGCAUUAGGCCUGCCAAUCUACAACUUACAGAGAUACUCAAAUUCAACAUAUUCUAAUUAGUGGCAACAUAAUGGAUCUGCCUGGAUAUGUGGCCAACAAAAUUGGGGUGCCUGUGGAAGCAUUCCGGCUACUUUUGACGCUGCUCGCCGGUUAUCCAAUUGCGUCAAUUUACCAUAAAUACAUUGUCAAUAGACAAAAGACACUGCAUCACUUGUACUUUGCAUUAUGCGGCUUAAGCUUAUGCUAUUACAAUUAUGGCUCGGACACAUAUCAUUCCCUUUUGGCCACAGGCACCACAUUUGUACUGGUGACAUUUUUAAGGAGCUCACCACUUUUGCUGUUGAUCAUCAAUUUCAUCUUUCACAUGGGCUAUUUGUUGCUGGGCUACUACUACACGGCCAGCAAUGAGUAUGACAUCUUGUGGACCAUGCCGCACUGCAUCCUGACGCUGCGCAUGAUUGGCUUUGGCUUUGAUGUUACCGAUGGAUUGAAGAUGGAGGAAGAGCUAUCCAAGGAUCAGAAAGAGACGGCACUGAGACAACCGCCCAAUCUACUUGAGCUGUUGGCAUUCGCGUACUUUCCCAGCAGUUUCCUGGUUGGUCCUCAAUUUCCCUAUCGCCGAUAUCAGAGCUUCACCAAUGGAGAAUUUCGCCAGUACGAUGGCUAUUGGGAUGCGGGUCUUAAGCGUCUGGCCACUGGUGUCCUCUAUCUGGCAAUCUGUCAAGUUGGUUUGUCCUAUUUGCCGGAUGGAUAUUUCCUGUCGUCUGAGUUUGCGCAGGAGUCUUUCAUCAAGCGCAUCUACUUCUUGGGCUUUUGGGCCAAGUUCUCACUGUACAAGUACAUUUCAUGCUGGCUGUUCGCAGAAGGCUCGUUAAUGUGCAUUGGCGUUACCUACAAAGGCAAGGAUGCCCUCGGGAAUCCGGACUGGUCCGGCUGUAGUAAUGUUAAGCUGAAGCUACUGGAGACUGGGAAUACCAUGCAGCACUACGUCCAGAGCUUUAAUGUGAACACAAAUCAGUGGGUGGCUCAUUACGUUUUCAAGCGUCUCAAGUUCCUCAACAAUCGCAAUAUCAGCUAUGGAGCUGCCUUGGGCUUUCUGGCCGUCUGGCAUGGCUUCCACAGUGGCUACUACAUGGCAUUCCUCAUGGAAUACAUGAUUGUCAGCACGGAGAAGCAGAUUGAAAGCGUUUAUACCAGACACGUUUUACCAACCUACGGCGAGAUGCUUAACAACUCAAAGAUCUAUGCAAUUAUCUACUUCCUUUGCUUAAAGUCAUACAAUAUCGUCUACAUGGGCUGGUGCCUCACCUCGUUUGUUUUCCUCAAGUACGAACGCUGGAUUACAGUCUUUAGUGCAGUCAACUAUUUUGGCUUUAUAUACAUGCUAAUCUGGGCCUGUCUGUUUAACGGAUAUCGUUACUUUGUGAAAUCCCAGACUAGGGAGCAUCGAACAGUGCCACCCGUAAAACAAGCCACAGAUUAAUGAACCCGCACCAAAGUUUAAUUGAACAAUAAUGAAAUAGUUUUGAAUAUUUGAAUAUCUUUUGUCUUGAAUUGUCAAACAAAGCAAAACGUUACCAAAAUGCAUAACAACUUAAUAAUCCUAUCUAAUUAUACAUAUAAUUUAACGUACACAAAUUAACUAACUUCUUUGAAAUCACUUGUCGAUGCGUUUAUCAAAAAAGCAAUGCCUAGUCAAUGAAAUAAUUUCGUUGCUCUUUGAACACGGCGAUCAGACUUAUCUAAUUAUAAAGACAAUUUUAUACCAUACAUAAGUAAAUAUAAUAUAAAUAAUAUAUUUUGAUAUGCUCACGAAAUGUCUAACAGAACUUCAUACGUAAAGUGCAAAUUUAAUUAAAAAAUAAAGCAAUGAAAUUAGAAUUA